UUUUAAUUAAUAAUAAAAUUUUAAAGAGGGUUUAACAACCACUAUAUAAUUGUCCGUUCUAUGAAUGACCUCAAAAGCUAGUUAACAUUUUAACAGACGGCUAAGCAACCAUUAAUUGUCCUUUCUUUGUACCGGCUUAAAUCUAAAUAUAAAUGAAAAAACACGUGUAUCGCAUGAGAUUAAAACCAGUUAAGAUCCGAACAGGCGAACACCUUGUUUCAGCCUUUCGGGGAAGAAAACAGGUAAAAUUUGGAUACGGGUCCUCGAUGAAUUAAUUUGUAGGCCAUUAAACCAAGCCCACAUCACCUAGCCCUUUGCGGCUUUGCCCCUCUUACGAAAAAGAAAUCCAAAAACAACGAAGAAUCGAAAAAGUAAAACGAAAAUGCAGAAAAUUGUGAAAUAGAAAAAAAAAAGAAAGAAAAAAAAAAAAGAAAAAAAGAAGAAGAAGGAAGAAACGAAUAGAGAAGAAUCCUCUGCUCGCACUACACACUGAACCUGAGUUAGAGAGAGAAACAACCAUGGCGAACGAUGCAGACAUGAGCGGUUGGACAGACCUUCUUCACUCCUCUACCAAGCUUCUCGAACAAGCCGCUCCUUCAGCACAGUUUCCUCCUCUCCAGAGGAAUUUGGAUCAAUUGGAAGCCUUGUCGAAGAAGCUCAAGGCUAAAACCCUAAGAAAUGAAGCUCCUUCUCAGUCUAUUGCUGCUACCAGGCUGUUGGCUCGUGAGGGGAUUAAUGCAGAGCAACUUGCCAGGGAUUUGAAGUCUUUUGAACUGAAGACCACAUACGAGGAUGUUUUCCCAGCUGAAGCAACUACUGUUGAAGAAUUCCUCCAACAGGUACAUGAGAUGGCAAUGGUCUCAGCCAUCCAGGAAGCUCAGAAAGAUAAUCUGAGAAAUUUUAAUGAUUAUAUGAUGAAGGUUUUGGAGGAUGAUUGGCAAAAGGAGAAAAGGGAUUUUCUUCAAGGCUUGAGCCGUAUUUCAACCUUACCACGUUCAAAUACUGGUGAAGCAAGUAAUGCAAUUACUCGUUCAGGUCAAAUUGUAUCAGUAGCUUCUACGCCUCUUGCCCUCAGUGGUCCCUCCAAUAUGGAGAUUAUCCCUCAUAAUAAUAAGCCCAUUGAGGAAAAAAAGGCUUCAGUAUAUGCUGAAGCCGUGAAGAGCCUCAACAGCUCAAGGGAGCGUGCUUCAUCUUUCAAACCUGCUACAGCUUUUAAGGUUGCUUUUGAAAGUUUGGCUUAUGAGGCCUAUGGGGGAAAAUCAGUCGGCAUGCAGAAAAUAUGGCACCUUGUGCAGACAUUGGUGGGUGAGGAUAUUAACAUUCAGCAAAAUAUUUCUAGAAAAAUGUUAUUGGUGAAUGGUGCAAGGCGGCAUCUGGAGUGGGGACAUACAAAGCAUGUAAUUGAAACUAUACAAAAUCAUCCUGUACAGGCUGCACUUGGGGGCUCAGUUGGUAACCUACAAAGAAUACAUGCCUUUCUUCGGAUCCGUUUACGAGAUCAUGGAGUUCUAGAUUUUGAUGCAGCUGAUGCCAGGAGGCAACCUCCUUUGGAUACAACUUGGCAACAGAUAUAUUUCUGUUUGAGAAGUGGGUAUUACGAUGAAGCGAAGAGUGUAGCUCAGUCAUCUCGUGUUUCUCUUCAAUUUUCUCCUCAGCUUUCAGAAUGGAUAUCUACUGGAGGGGUGGUAUCUGCAAAUACUGCUGCCGCUGCUUCUGAAGAAUGUGAGAAAAUGUUCAGAAUGGGUGAUCGUGGGGCUCGAGCAGUUUAUGACAGAAAGAAACUGUUACUUUAUGCCAUGGUUUCUGGAUCUCGCAAGCAGAUUGACCGCCUGCUUAGAGAGUUACCAAAUCUUUUCAACACCAUAGAGGACUUUCUAUGGUUUCAGUUGUGUGCCAUACGUGAGAAUUCUCAUGGAGCCUCAUCCUCUGCACUGAAUGAGGGAUCUGUGCCUUACACCUUAGAUGAUCUACAGACGUACCUUAAUAAGUUUGAACCAUCAUAUUACACCAAGAGUGGAAAGGACCCUCUCAUGUACCCAUAUGUUUUGCUUUUAAGCAUUCAGUUGUUACCAGCUGUCAUCUACUUGUCGAAGGAAAUGGGUGAAGGGUUUAACAUUGAUGCAGUUCAUAUAGCAAUUACAUUUGCAGAUCACGGGGUUUUUUCAGAAGGUGCUGCUGCAGGACAGAAGAUAGGAUUGAUGGAUGCUUUUGCUGAAGUAUCUAGCAUGAUUAGACAAUAUGGCUCUGCGUACUUAAGAAUUGGGAAUCUAUCAAUGGCACUGGAAUAUUUUGCACAAGCGGCUGCUGCAGUUGGAGGUGGCCAGAUGUCGUGGGUAGGAAGAGGUAGUUUAGAUCAGCAAAGACAGAGGAGCUUGAUGCUGAAGCAGCUUCUUACAGAGUUGUUGUUACGUGAUAAUGGAAUCUAUCUCUUACUCGGACCUAGGGGAGCUGGAGAAGAAGCUGAACUAAGACGAUUUUUUACUGAUGCUGGUUCGAGGCAACAAUUUCUGCUUGAAGCAGCUCGGCAGUGUCAAGAAACUGGUUUGUAUGACAAAUCUGUAGAAAUUCAGAAGAGAGUCGGUGCAUUUGGAAUGGCUUUAGAUACAAUUAAUAAGUGCCUAUCUGAAGCAAUCUGCUCACUAUCACGUGGCAAACUGGAUGGUGAUAGUCGGACAGCUGCGCUCAUCCAUUCUGGCAAUGAGAUAUUAGAGAUGUGCAAAUAUUAUCCUGAGAUCAGUGUGAAAGAUAGAGAGCAUGUCAUAGAACAAGAAACUGUCUUAAGACAGCUUGAGGCGACACUGUCAAUUCAAGAGCAUGCACGACAAGGCCGCCAUUUGGAUGCAUUACGGGAGAUUUCUAAGCUUCCUUUUCUACCACUGGAUCCACGUGCAACAACAGGGUUCAGCAUGGAUUCAUUCCAGAAUUUAUCUCCUUAUGUCCAGGCUUGUGUCCCUGACCUUCUAAGAGUUGCCUUAAGUUGUUUAGACAAUGUGACAGAUACUGAUGGAUCUCUCCGUGCUUUAAGAACAAAGAUUGCAAAUUUCCUAGCGAACAAUCUACAUCGAAACUGGCCUGGUGAUUUGUUUGACAAGGUUGCAAGAAGCCUUUGAAGUAAAGCAUAAGGGAAAGGUUGGCAUGCUUACUUCCAGUCACCAUUCCUCUUGCACAUUUUGUACAAAUAUGAAGCAAGAAUUUCAUUUUUCCUUCCCGAAUGCAAAUAUUAAUAUAGAGUUUUACUUGCGGCAAGAGAAAAGUUUUGGUGUUUUCCUUGUAAUCAGUUAGAGCUGAUCAAACAUGAGCCCGGCCUGCUGGCCUGGCCCAACCCAAAAAUUAGCGUGUUUUGGGCAGAAAAUUAUCUUUUUCUUGCGGAAAGAGAGAAGUUUUAGUGUUUGUGUUGUAUGUGUGUGUUAGUUUUAGCUUACAUCUUUGUCCUUUCAUGAGUAACUUAUUAACUUUGGCUACAGUAGCAGUUUGAAAAUGUUAACAGACAACUAGAAGACUAUUUAGCAAUAGAAUAUAAUUUGUUGUACGGAAAAAUGGUUAUUCUUAGCUGAUUAAGUUUCUGUUUUUUUAAGCCAAUAUUCUGCUAUUUAGGGUAUGUGAAUCCAUGGAUGCCAUUUCGGGUUAUAUAAAAAUGUUUCUCUUUUUGCCA